CUUCCUCACUUGUUUUGGUCUAAUACGCUUGUCCAAAAGCCCACGACAGCAUGAGGUGGUGGCCUCUUCAGUGAUGCCACCUGCGUCCUGUACCCAGCAGACAUUAGCGUUGUCCCACUUUUGUGUUUGCCGUCUGGAGAUGGAGAAGAGAGGGUGCCCGAAGCUGUAACUUCUGGGUGGGAUGAGUUGGAGAGGAAACACCAGAGGCAGGCUGAGAGGAACACCCAGGAUGUCUCUCUGGCAGGGUCAGGCUUCGGGCAUGCCGCAAUUUCCUCCUUCCUCGUCUUCCCGUCUGUCCUUGACAGCAAGUCCCAAUUUGCUCUCACAAAGGGCAAGAGCCGUUGUGUGAAUGAUUUACUGGAAGAGGCUGUCCCUCCCAACCAAUAAACUAGAUGAGGCUGGGCAGAGACGAGGACAGGGAUGCUGAAAUUGCCCGGAGUUUUCUGUGCACAUGGUGCGUUAAGGCAAAAGAGACUUCUGUACAUACCGGUUCUUAUUUAUUUUCCCAAAGUGCCCCCUUACCGUGGUGUUUCAACCUGGCAGAGGUGGUUCCAAGGCUCCCCGGUCAGUGGUCAGACUGGUGUCCAUGUCCUGUGCCCUGCUCGUGUUGGUGAGGCCAAAAAUAAAGGGUUUACUCAAGCAGGAGGGUGAGAGAAAGAAGAUGGUGGUGUGGGCAAGUAUCAGAGGUCAGGUCAAGACCUAAUAGAGUGUGAUUUUAUUUUUAAAGUAGGCUGAUUUUACUCAUGUUCAUGCUCUUGUCACUUUUGCGUGUUCUCUCGGUAGCAUGUGUCACCUGUGCUGUGUGUGUCGCCUGUGCUGUGAGGCCAUACAGUCUGGCCAGGGACACUUGUGGGGGAUAAGGGAUGUUUGGGUGGGUCUUUUAUACCUUUUAGGAGUCACUGAUUACUAUGGAACAAUCCUUUUGACUUGGGAUCUUGCUUGUCCUGUCAGGGUUGGGUUAAUGGUUGGGGUUGAUCUUGAGGGUCUCUUCCAACCAAAAUGAUUCUAUGAUGCUCCACAAAUCCCAGACACUGUCUCUUUUUCCUCAGUUUGAGUAUUUUUUUAGUAAAGAUUUUAGGCAGGCUUUUGAUACUGUCCCUCACAGCAUCCUUCUGGCCCAGUUGUCCAACUGGGAGAUGAGUGGAUUCAUGGUAUGCUGGGUGAAGAACUGGCUGGAGGACAGAGCUCAAAAGGUUGUAGUGACUGGGGCUACAUGUGGCCGGUGACUGGUCACCAGGAAUGUUCCUCAGGGCUUGGUGAUCUGGAUGCAGGGGUUGAACGCACCGUUAGCAAGUUUUCUGACAAUACUAAGAGGUGGACACUGGUGACAAGUGGUGUCCCUCAGGGGUCUGUAUUGGGACCAGUGCUGUUUAAUAUCUUCAUCAUUGACAGACAGUGGGAUCAAAUGCACCCUCAGCAAGUCUGCAAGUGACAGCAAGCAGAGUGGUGCUGGUGACACACCUGAGGGACAGGAUGACAUCCAGAAGGACCUAGACAAGCUGGAGAAGUGGGCUCAUGCAAACCUCAUGAGGUUCAACAAGGCCAAGUGCAAGGUCCUGCACCUGGGUCAGGGCACCCCCCAGUAUCAAUCCAGGCUGGGGAUGGAGGGAUGAAGAACAGCCCCCAGGACAAGGACUUGGGGGUGCUGGGGGUGAAAGACUGGCCAUGACCCAGCCAUGUGCGCUUGCAGCCCAGACGGCAAUCGUAUUUUGGGCUGCAUCACCAGCAGCUUGGGCAGCAGGUGGAGGCAGGGGAUUGUCCCCUCUGCUCCGCUCUGGUGAGACCCCCCUGCAGUGCUGGUCCAGCUCUGGGUCCUCAGCACAAGACACACAUGGACCUGCUGGAGAGGGGCCAGAGGAGCCACAGGAAUGACCCGAGGCUGGAACAGCUCUGCUGGGAGGACAGGCUGAGAGAGUUGGGGUGUUCAGCUGCAGAAGAGAAGCUCCAGGGAGACCUUAGUGCGGCCUUCCUGGACUUAAAAGGGGCCCAUAAGAAAGAUGGGGACAGACUUUUCAGCAGGGCCUGUUGUGAUAGGACAAGGGGUGGUGGUUUUAAACUAAAGGAAGGAGAUUCAGGCUGAACAUGAAGAGGAAAUUGUUGUCCCUGAGGGUGGUGAGAGCCUGGCCCAGGUUGGGCAGAGAGGUGGUGGAUGAACCAUCCGUGGAGACAUCCCAGGCCAGGCUGGACGGGGCUCUGAGCAACCUGAGCUGGUGAAGAUGUCCCUGCUCAUGGCAGGGGGGGCGCUGGGGGAGCUUUCACAGUCCCUUCAACCCAAACCAUCUGUGAUUCUAUGAUCUAUGACUCGCUGUAUGAAUUUUGUCAAGCCCCUUUAGCUAAACCACGCAUACAGUGCUGGGCCCCAGCAUUCCAGAUGGAUGUGAAGGUCCUCGAAUGCCUCCAGAGGAGAGCAACCAAGCUGGUGAAAGACAGGAAGGAAUGUCCUGUGAGGAGCAGCUAAGGGCUCUGGGGUUGUCUAGUUUGGAGAAGAGGAGGCUGAGGGGCGACCUGGCUCUGCAGCUUCCUGAGGGACUGGAGAGAGAGGUGCUGAGCUCUGGAACCAGGGACAGGGACACAUGGGAACGGGUCAGAGCCAAGCCGGGGGGGGGGGGUCUGUGCCGAGAGGGUGUCAGACACUGAACAGGCUUCUAGAGAGGGGGUUGGUGCCCUAAACCUGUCAGACAACAAAUUAUUUUAACUUUUGGUCAGCGUGAAGUGGUCAGGCCAUCAGUUGGACUAGAGAUCAUCGUAGGUCCCUUCCAACUGAAAUAUUCCAUUCUAAGAUGGGGGGGGGUUUGUUCUUUGGUUAUUUUGGGGUUUCUUUUCUACAGUGUGUUUUGAGGAGGGGUUGUAGUUUACAGGCUGGUGUACAAAACCACAUUGUCACCCUUCCGUUAGCACAGGGCAGGCCAAGCCAUCCGCUGGUGACUCACCUGGUCUGCUCAGUGUUUGCUCAUCACAUCCGUGUUUACUGACGAGUUGCUCUCGUCACCCUGGCUCCAUCAGGUGCAAGUGAAGCAGGUGACUGGGAAAAGCCCAGGGAUUUGACAAAGGUAGAUCCUGACACCGACCUGACAAAAUACCCGCAAAAUCGCGUUUGCUGUCGACACGGGGAGAGCGGUGGGUGCUGUUUGCCCAGGUGUCAGCAAAGUGUUGGACGCUGUUCCCGCAGCCUGGAGAGGCGGGAGACGCGAAGCGGAGGGCUGGUCUGCGGGGCGGGCAGGGAACUGCCUUGGAGGCUGCUGAUCACUGGUUUUCACUUCUGUCCACUGGUUCAGGAGGCCUCACCGGACACCAUCCAACGAGGAAAGCUGGUCUUACCCAGCAACUGUCUUCUCCAUUAGCUGCUUCUCUGUGAUCUCUGCUCUUCCACAGUGCAGUGAAAUAGCUCUUCCAGCCGCAGCCCUUUAUUCUUGGAAGAAAAUCAUCCGACGGGGUCGUCUUUUCUUCUGUUUUUAACCUGAACACCAUCUCCACAAGGCUGCAAGCUGUCAAAUUGCCUUCAGGAUGAUGGCUUGUGCUCAGGCCUGUGCUGCAACACUCUUCUCCAUACAACUGUAAGGUCACAGCUCUCUCAACUCAGCCACACAGAUGCUUUCACCAGAAAUACCUCUGUUGUUUGAGCUGCUCUCGCAUUCUGCCAGGCUGAGCUGAUGCAGCUCGCUCAUUCCGGAUCAGCCUGUUUCUAUUCUCUGCCUUUUUCCUACGCCAUUCUUUCUCUCUCUUUUCCGCGCCUACCCCCCCCACAAACCACUGACCAUAAUUGUUUAAAAUACAGGCUUUACACGUGAAUGGUUCUUUUUGGGAAGCGGAACUUUCCAUACUGCUUUUUUUUUCAGCCACAUACAGAGAGAACACGAGGGAGGGAGUCGGGGCUGAGCAAUAACGCGGUGCUGUGGCCGGGACCGUUCUGGCACAGCCACGUUCCUUACACGUGAAGAUCCUAAAGCUCAAUGUAAGUUUACGAUUUCAGCUGAACAACAGAGCAAAUACCCUGAGGGAACAGAAGGGAGGAGUUAUCAUAGGGUUAUUUUGUAGUAUCUUUCCCAGACCUUAAACACCAGUAUUGUCCUUCUUUUCUUCAUUCUCAAUGAUGCUUUCAAAUAUCAGUUCCCUGUUGUGUACAGGAGGGAGAGGCGGGGUGGGUACAUAUAUGCGUGAGGGGGAUAUUUUUAUAAAGAAUCAUUGUGGUGGGAAUUUUUUGUCCAAAAUUCUAUUUUUUUCUGGGAUAGACUUAAAUAUGAGCACGAUGUGGAUGCUCAACACUUGGAAGCAGUGUUCUGGCACAGCGAGGAAGCAGUUGACUCUCUGUACUGGUUUUGGUGCGACAGAGUUAAUUGUCAUCCUCGCAGCUGCUACGGUGCCUGGUUUGGGAUCUGUGACCGGGGUGGGUACCUUUACCAGGGACGGCUGAACGCCUGCCUGCCGUGGGAAGCAGUGCAUCAAUUCCUUUUGCUCUGCUUGUGCACACGGCUUUUGCUUUACCUAUUAAGCUGUCUUUAUCCCAACCUGCGAGUGUUUGCGCUUUCGCCUUUCGGAUUCUCUCCCCAUCCUGCUGCAGGGCAGUGAGUGAGUGGCUGCGUGGGGUCCUCACCCACCACGCUUGCCCCUAACCCAGCAUGAAGCGGAGGCAACUAUAGAGCUAUUAAUUCAUCAUCCUGCCCAGCUAAUGAAUCCUGCGUCAGUGCUGCCAGGCUCACCACAGCCCAGCCCCACGUGAGGCAUUUCUGCAGGUCACCGUACUUUUCUGCGUAACCAAACCUGACGAUUCAUAUGCGACACCCCAGCAGAGAGCAAUGAUUCAACUGUAAAAGUGUAAAAAAAAGGUCUUUUGUGAUUCGUGGGUCCUACCGGCUUCUGAGCGAGAGAUUGAGCAGCUGACGUGUAUCGUGUAACAGGAGAAUGAAGUCUAUUAAAUGUGACCCCCUGCGAGCAGCAGCUGAUGCUGUGCCAGGAGUAACCCUAGAAAUUCUUCAUAAAACAGCACAUUGGCUCUUGUUCUACCAAGAAACUCGAGGAAAGCAACCCUAUACCUUGCUAAUCUCUGAAUCUCGGUGUGCGCUGGAGCUGGGGCUGGCCUGAGGAAGCUGUGAUUUAAAAGGAAAUACUGUGUAUUUGGGUACUCUGAAGACUUAGCGCAACGUAGGUGAAGGAUACCAGAAUGCUGAGGACUUGGCUCGUGGUGUGGCAUGUUGGGCCACCAGCACACGAGGUUUAGAAAGGUGGCACCGUGGGCAGGGAGGGAAAAGGGACCGUGGCAGGAGGUGCACGGGAAGUGGCACGGCAGUACAAGACCAAAAGCAACAGCUUAAAUCCACUUUUCCAGGCUGGGAGAGGUGGGUGAUCUUUUUGUUGCCCAAAUGAGGAGAGCAUUGACUUCCCCCAGCGUGGGGAGUUGGGGGGUCACCCCAAUCCAGACCCGCAGGACAAAUCCUGCUCUUCUGGGGCAGUUUGCAACCAUCAAUCCCUGUGUAAUGCAAGUUGGAAUGUUAAUCAUAGAAUCAUUUUGGUUGGAAAAGCCCCUCAAGAUCAUCGAGUCCAACCAUUCCCCCACCCCGUGUCCCUGAGAACCUCGUCUCUGUCUGUCCAACCCUCCAGGGAUGGUGACUCCAGCACUGCCCUGGGCAGCCUGUUCCAAUGCCCCACAGCCCUUUGGGGAAGAAAUUGUUCCCCACAUCCAACCUCAACCUCCCCUGGCGCAACUUGAGGCCGUUUCCUCUGCUCCUGUCAUGUGUUAUGUGGGAGAAGAUACCAACGCCCUCCAUGCUACAACCUCCUUUCAGGCAGUUCAGAGAUCAGAAGAUACCUCCAGGACGUCACUCUGUAGAUUAACCGUCAGGUAACGCCUGUUCCGUCUCUCUCCCAAGGCCUAGACUGAGCAGCGUUUCUAAUCUCUUCACCUCCGGCUGCAACAUUUGCAUUUUCACUGGGAAAGUGUUUCAACUCUACAUGUUUUACAGGGAAUUCCUGACAGGUGAACGGUGUUUUGCUGUUGUCCGCUGUUUCCUGUUGAAAUAUGAGUCUGGCAGAGAGUUACAGUCCUAAACCCCCGAGCAAGGGGUGCAGGGUGGGUAGGGGGGCACACUGACUGGUGUGACACUGUGCAGGGUGACAAAGGGACCUUCCCUCAGCCACCUGGUCCCCACCGAAGGGUCCCUGCUAAAUCCUCCCGUCGCUGCAAACCCCAUCUCCCGAGGCGGCUCUUUGUCAACGUCUUGCCGAACCAGAGCUUUUUAUGGCUUAUUAAUCACCUUCCACCCACCCCUGGGAACACCUGGCCACUCCCUUCGUCCUCGCCCGCCCCAUCGCACCGAUGGGAUGCUAGAAAUAGAGACGCGUGCGGUAGGAGCCAGAGGAGCCCGCGAACAAAAGGAGCAUUUGGAGUCGAUUUGCAACGGGGAUAUUUUCCAGCUCACAGCAUGAAAAGCCCUGGGUGUGCUUCAAGGCACAUCAAGUGUCUCAUCGUCAACCUCUUCCUGGGGCUCAUCUUCCUAUCGGGAUUCUACCAUGCGAAGAAUAAAAGUUUCCUGAUCCUGAAAAGCCACGGGGAGCUGCUGAUACCUUCCAUGCCUUGCCGUGCCAAGACUAACGUCAUGUUCCUCAAGACCCACAAGACAGCCAGCAGCACCCUUCUCAACGUCAUGUUCAGGUUUGCGGAGAGGUACAACCUCACCGUCGCCCUCCCAGCUGCCCACCACGUCCACCUGGGCUACCCGAAGACCUUCCUGGCCCACUUUGUGGAGGCAUUUCAAGCCAUAGGACAGAACUACAACAUCAUGUGCAACCACCUGCGGUUUAACCCCUCGGAGGUGCAAAAGGUGAUGGCAGCGAACACCUUCUACUUCUCCAUCCUGAGGAACCCCAUUUCUCUGCUGGAGUCUUCCUACACCUACUACAAGGACACUGUCCCUGCCUUUAGGCUGUCCAAGGACGUGAACGAGUACCUGGCAUCACCCAUGAAGUAUUACCACCCGGAGGAUUCCAAGAAAAACAUCUACGCCAGGAAUAUUAUGUGGUUUGACUUUGGCUACGAUAACAAUGCACAGGACAACAAAAAGUACGUCCAGGCAGUCCUGAAGGAGAUUGAGCAGAACUUCCACCUGAUCUUGAUAGCAGAGUACUUUGAUGAGUCCAUGAUCCUCUUGAAGCACGUUUUGUGCUGGGAUCUGGACGACGUGAUUUACUUUAAGCUCAAUUCCAGAAGCCAGGACACUGUCCAGACCUUGACUCUGGAAAGCAAGGAGCGUAUCAAAGUGUGGUGCUCACUGGACUGGCAGCUCUACCUGCACUUCAACCAGAGCUUCUGGAGGACAAUUGAGGAGACCAUAGGACUCAAGAAGCUGGAGAAGGAGGUGAAUCACCUGCGAAUGAGGCAGAAGGAGCUGAUGGAGACCUGUCUCUCAGACCAGAAGGCAGUGGAGAAGGAUCGCAUCCAGAACAAAGCUCUCCUGCCUUUCCAGUCAGGGGCUGCAAAUAUCCUUGGGUACAAUCUCAGACAAGACUUAGACAACAGGACUUUGAGAACCUGCCAGAGGAUGGUGAUGCCAGAGCUCCAGUACACGUCCUAUCUCUAUGCGGUUCAACACCCGCACAAGAAGAGGAAGCCAUUCGGCUUGUCCUUGCCCGCUUUCCAGGAGAAGAAGACGCAGAUCCCACCUCCCAACUAGGGCAUGUGACAACCUGCUGCGGUGUCACAUCACCCCACGUCUGGCACGUGGCUGGCCCACAGGACUCUUGCACGUGAAGGGGACGUGGCGGGAAGGAGUUGGGCUUUGUUUGGGGCCGCCACACUGGUGGCGGGUCCCUUUUUGAGGGACCUUGAGCUGGAUGUUGGCUGGAUCCUCCUCCUCGCUCGCCAGGGGCAACCAGCAGUGCUGAGCGCUGGACGGGCUUUCAGCUGGCUUAGGCAUUCCUGCCUCUUAAUCAUUAAUCACGGGAUUAAGCA